AAUGGAGGCGACCUUCUCGACACCACGAAUCAUGGAGUCGAUGUUCUCGACACCACAAACCAUGAGUCCCGAGACGCACAUUCGCUUGGCAGAACGGUUUCAUCCUUGCGGGAGAUCCGUGCGGUAUUUUGACGGUGUGACUACGAUCCACGGAGCGACCGAAGAGGACUUCGACGAGGACCCCUGGAUGACCACSGUCCUGCGCAUGGGACUGCAUAUAGACGGUUGGUGCGAUGGGAAUUGGGCCACGAUGGAGAAUCGUUGUCCAUGGGCAAGCGAGUACAAGUUCGCCAACAUGUUGGAGUUCGGGAACCUCAUCCCGGUGUCUGACGCUGUCCUCGGACACAAGUUCUUGAACCAUAUGCGCAGUCAUCGACGGUUCUACAUGAAAAAUGUGUACGGUUCGAAGGGGAACGUCGUCGCCGGUGCUAAGGGGGCAGUUCUCGGCAUGUGUCUGUUCGAGGGGUUCGGAGCGGGUGCUGCGAACACCCCGUUCUACAACGACCUCCGGCGGCAGGGCGGGUUUGUUUUGGGUCAAGAGUUCUUCGACUUGUUGGAGGACAAGGACAUCGCCCUCGACGUCCCUUGCGAAGUCGGUCCCGACCUAGAACUAUCUAUGCCUUUGCAGCUGUGCGGCGGUUGUGAGUCGAGCGGGGCAGCGGGGGAGGGAGGGGAUGUGGGUUCCGGUGAGGCUACACAUGUGCAGCGGGUGGAUGCCAGAGGUCAGUUUGACGACAGCGAAGAUGAGGCGACACCGUGUCCGCCGUUUUUGUCGUCGAGGGAAAGAGACCGGUCCAUGCUGUCCAUACCUGGGGUCCGGCUACAGACCGCGGUUCGACAAGAGGUCGCAGCGGAUCCCGGAGAAGAGGCAGUCCAGUGGGGGUUCGACUUGGAGCCUGGCGAGGGCCAUUGCGAGGACGACAAGGCCACGGAUGUGUCCGAGAUUCCCUUUGUGCCUUGCGAUUGGUCGCUGGUGGCGCCGGAACGACAGGGCAUUUUCUACGGGGAUAUGGAACGCAAUCCGACACAAUGCGUYWGUCUUCUUGAUUUCCUUGACAAGAAGGGAGAGGGUGUCGUGUUCCUUGGGAAACCCCACGCGCGAAGCGUCUGGGAUCUUCUKAAGGCCGGCCGACACGUUGUCGCGAUGGAAGGGAACGUCGAACUCUUGCAAUUCACGAUGCAGGUGGUGAAAAGCGAGGUCAAUUUGGGCGGGCACAAUUGUGAGUUCAUGGUCGUGAAGCCAACACGAGAUAAGGUGURGAGCAACAAGACGGAUAUGUGGUUCAAGUUGAGCGAGAGGAAGAGGAACAAUAUAUACGAUUUCUUGUUCCUUCAAACACAGUCGAGGAAGGACUCUGACGCCGAGUACGUCCGCCGRACGGACCACAUGWUGGCAGUGCUYGACAACUACCACUUCGCCUCCCGCAUGAACRAGAAGACGUUUCUCGAUAGGCUGCAGUCGCUGUACUUCGUGGAGUCCGAGGAGCAGUUAAAGUUAGCCAGUUACGCUUCCCUGAUCUCCACUGAUGACGAGGAAGCCACAGGUGUAGAGUUUGUCGCUAAUGCGAAGGAGGAGGAGAGCGACAAAGAGAGCAUUGACCUGCAGUACGACCCACCUCCGGCAGACCACGACAGAGGGUCCUCGUCGGUCGGUCCGUCACCGAGCGCUGGAGCCCUCGUGUCACCGUCGGCCAAAACGCGGUCGGGCACCACGCCGAUGAAGUUGCUGGAGAGACUCAGAGCUCUGGCCAUCCCCCGGUCCGCUUUGCCUUUGCUUGCUCUUCGCAGUCGCUCCGACAGAAAGUUUAAGUCUGCCGGGAUCCGAACUACGUCCGCUGAGGAGCCGCCAGAGAGGUCCGGAAUGCAAAGCCGCUCGGGGUCGGGGGAGCCAAGCAAGGAUCUCGAAAUUGAUAUUAUUGCAGCGCGGGACGGAGACGUAGGAAAGGUGUCGCCUGAGCAGGAGCGACGACCGCAACGAUUGCAGCGAGAGGCUGCAAGUACAGGGUCCGGCGACACGGAGACGACGAAGUACGCCGAGAUCCAAACUUCUUCGGGCGCGGGGUGUCGGCCAGGGAUUGUCAUGCCGAUGAGAGGGGCAGCGUGCAUGGAGACGGAAGUGUGGUCCUCGGGAUUCAACACGGGUACCGCGGAAGGGGAUGAGUUUCGUGGAAGGGAAGUAGGGGAGAAAAUGGGGGAACGGAGGGGAGCGCAAGAAGGGGAGGAAGAAGGGGAGGAAGAAGGGGAGGAAGAAGGGGAGGAAGAAGGGGAAGAAGAGGAGGAAGGGGAGGAAGCGGGAGAAACAGAGCUACUUGAUUUGCUUGAAGGAAGGGAGGGUACCGGAUCUGGAGACGACGAAGUGGAGCACAGUGAGGACGAUGCCAGAUAUGGAGAGUCGUCUAACGAGUCCUGACAACUGUACGGAGAGCAUCACCAGGAUGAUGUCAACGACGAUGCCACGACAAUAGAGAUGGAGACACAGGUCGUUAGCAGCCUUUCCG